UAGAUCACUCAUCCCGUUUCUGUCACUUUGUUGGUGUGCACAAUGACUUCCAGCAGACCCCUCCUCGUUCUUCUGUGGUUCAUUCACAUGACAAUCCCAGGUUUAACUGAAGGAGCUGGUGCGUUGCCAGACGGUCCUCUGAAUGCAGCUGUCGGAGGGAAAGUGAUGUUCACCACAACACUGACUCCAGGAACACCAUUUCAAUCAGUGAACUGGAGAUUUGGUGCUAAAGAUAUAUUUACUUGGAAUGUUAACAACUUCACUGCACCAGAGUAUGAAGGCAGGAUCACCUUCUUCAUGUCUACUGGAUCUCUGGAGCUCAGGAACCUGGCUGAAGCUGACAGUGGAGAAUACAGAUUUACCAUUUCACUACUUGGAGAACCAACAAUGUUAGGGACCACAAGACUGAAAGUAUACGAGCCAGUCUCCAAUGUGAUGGUAACCUCCAGCAGCACAGAGCUGGUGGAGUUCAGCAGCUCCGUCAGUCUGUCCUGCUCCUCCUCUGGAUCCUCUCUCUCUUUCCUCUGGCUGAACAGCAGCUCUGAGGUUGCAGGAAGUGACAGAGUUCAGAUCACUGAUGGAGGAUCCACUUUAACUAUAAUUAAUGUGACCCGCUACGACCAGGGACCAUUCAGCUGCCGUGUAUCUAAUCCUGUCAGUGAGGGCACCAGUGCUCCAGUAACCCUCUCCAUCUACUGUGAGUAACUCAUGUUCAUACAUUUGAUUCUGCA